GUUUCGAUGUGGCCGACGAUAGCACCGAAUUUUAUUUCUCCGCGAACUGGCAACGUGGAAAGAUGUCAAUUUUGUGGCUUGUGCUCGCGCUGAGCUGCCUGCUCCUGCAGGAGGUGCAGUCCAACAAAUACGAAGGGUACAAGAUCUAUGAGUUGGCGAAGCCGAAAGCCCGCAUAGCUGUGCUAGAUCAGGCGCUGGCCUUGUUGGCCCGAAAUGACACACACUAUGAGGUGUUCUCGAGCGGCAGUCAGCCGGCACGCAUCAUGGUCCACCCGGAGGAGCAGUUAAACUUCGUCCAACUGCUGGACGGACACGCCCUGAGCUACAGGGUGCUCAACAGCAACGUGGGUCGCACCCUGCGCCGACAGUUUGCCACGGAUCGCAAGCUGCGCAACAAGUUCCCCUACCGAGGCAACGGGCGACUGGGCACGGAGCGUUUCUACAGCCACGGGGAGAUCAAUCAGUACAUAGAGGACCUCGCACAAGAGCACCCACGCCGCGUGUACGUCAAGACCGUGGGCAAGAGCUACGAGAGGCGCCUCAUGAAAACGGUGACGAUCACGAACGGUGAUGGCAGGCGGAAUAAGAAUGUCAUCUUCGUGGACGGUGGCUUCCAUGCCCGCGAGUGGAUCUCCCCCGCUGCUGUGGUUUACCUCAUCGAUGAACUCGUAAACAAUCUGUCGGAGAAUGCGGAUAUCCUGCUGGACUACGAUUGGGUCAUCCUCCCAGUGGUCAAUCCGGAUGGUUAUGAGUACACCCAACUAUCGGAGGAUACGCGCAUGUGGCGCAAGACCCGCAAGCCCAGCAGCAACGACUGCAUUGGCACGGAUCCCAAUCGCAAUUUCGAUUUCCAUUGGAACGAGGAGGGCGCCUCGGAGAAUCCUUGCGCUGAGACCUACGCCGGCUCGAAGGCUUUCUCGGAGCCAGAGGCUCAGGUCGUGAGCGAUCUUAUCCACAGCUACGCAGCUCGCGGCAAAAUGUAUCUCACGCUGCAUUCCUAUGGCCCGUACAUACUCUACCCAUGGGGCUGGAGCUCAGACCUCCCGGACACCGUUGCCGAUCUGCAUGAGGUGGCCCAGGCUGGCUUUGAUGCCAUACUCGCCGACACCGGCACCUUCUACGUGAUUGGCAGCUCCACGAACGUUCUCUACGUGGCGGCUGGUGCCAGCGAUGAUUAUGCCUUCAAUGCGGGCUUUCCCAUCUCAUUCACCAUGGAACUGCCGCCCGGCGGCACUGGCUUCGAUCCACCAGCCUCAGCCAUCGAUCACAUGGUUAAGGAAACUUUCGUGGGCAUUGCGGCCAUGGCACGCAAAGUGGUGGAAAAGUAUCCACUUGCUUAAUCAAUUUAUGGGACAAAUACGCAUAAUAAAUGCAGCAAUAAUAACAAAGUU